CACACUCCAUAGGUGUGCUGCUCAAUCCGUGUGACUUCGCUCUUACUUUGCAGCCGUUUAUUUCAGAUGCUUUUUUUUUUCUUUGCUUGCAGCUCCUCUGCUGAACUGUUUACUUCGGUGAGACUUUUUUUCCAUGCCAUUUUUUUCCCUUAGAAUUACACAGAGAAGGUAGGAGGAGCCGGACUGAGAUGUGUGCCUCACUCUCUCUCUCUCUCACACACUCUCUCACACACGCUGCCUCUUCCAUUCUGUCAUUGCCAUCUCGGCGGAACAGAGACUGUUCAUUUCCAGCCACGCUGAAUUCAGCAGGAACAGGACACUUUUGACUUUGUUUGAGUCAGAAUUCACAAAGGAAUAUUUGUUUUCUUCACGAUACCCAAAAGGAGCAGCGAGAACAAGAGGGAAAAAAAGUAAGAAAAAAAAUAAAAAGGAUUUCUUCUAUCAUUUUUUUUCCUUAUUGAAUUAAGAAACACGUGACAGCUGGUUUUGCCACUGGAUUCCUUUACACAACAAGACGUUUAGUGACUUUUCCUUCAUGUUCUCAGUUUCAGUUUUACUUUGAGAGAGUAUUCUUAGUUUAAGUACAAUGGUUGCUGGAAUGCUGAUGCCCGUGAGGGACUUGAGGGCCAUCUACGAGGUGCUGUUUCGAGAUGGUGUCAUGGUGUCCAAGAAGGACAAGAGACCUCAGGCCAAGCACCCUGAGGUAGAAGGUGUGAGCAAUCUUCAAGUAAUCCGUGCGAUGGGGUCUCUUAAGUCAAGGGGCUAUGUGAAGGAGACCUUUGCUUGGAGACAUUUCUACUGGUACCUGACCAAUGAGGGCAUUGUUUACCUGCGUGACUUCCUCCGCUUGCCACCUGAGAUCGUCCCUGCAUCCCUUCAGAGGAUCAGGAAGCCUGCUGCCACCCUAUCUUUUGCCCACCGGGCUGCACAGGUCCAAACUGUGGAAGGUCCAACAUCUUAUGUUCCAAAGCCAGGACGCAGGGGCGAAUCAGAGAGCCAAGAGGCUCAUGCUGAACGCCAGGGCUACCGCCACAAGAUGAUGGGUCCCGGAGAAAGAGAGGGCUACUCUGAUAGAACCCCGAGGUUUAGGGGCCGUCCACAAGCUGCAGGUUCAAUUAGGCCAAAAGCAUCAUGGGAAGUGGAGGACCAGCCUCAGUCCUUGUUUAGGAAAGGGAACGUCAUCCCAAGUGAAUCAGUGAUGAUGGAGGAGAGCAGGGUAAAAAGAGUCUCUCGGCAGAUGCCUGAUGUGAGCAGUGAGAGGCCGGUAUCAAAAUCAUCAGAGAGAAGAGUGACUGAAGUCCAAAAGGAGAAGGCCCCGGUUUCUGCUCAGGUUCAGAGAGAAGAUCUGAAACAGGAUGUGUCACUGACAUCACUGUCCUCCAAACCGGCCCUACCAUUAAUGGCUGCUACUUUGGCUACAGGGGCUGCAUGGGCUACAGCCUCAAAGAUUCCACCAGAUCACUCCUCUCCCAAAACAAAUAAAGAGAAGCUUAAUACCCCUGAUGAAAAAGCUUGCGUGAAGCCUGCUAUCACAACACUUCCUGGUACAGAGGUCAAAGAGGAGAAGACAAAAAAGGCAAUUGUUGUGGAUCCAAUUAAAUCUGCAGAGGUCAAGAUUACAGCUGAGGCGGCAACUGAAAAAGUAAAGCCCCAAGCAGUUUUUACAAGCAGCUUUUCUCAGGAAACCUCCAAAGUCCUAAUUGAGCCUGCCAAUGCCACCCCUGUUAGCACAAAAUCUGUCAAAAAAGAUGCCAAAGAUGAGAAGACAAAAACAACGAUUAUUGAGCCGGCUACGCCUGCAGCAGUUAAGGCUCUGUCUAAGAAGGAGGCUAGUAAAUUAAAGGCUCAGGAAGAUCCUACAAUUGCUUUUGUUGACAACACCUCAAAAGCUCUUGCAGACAGUUCUACCACCACACCUGUCAUCACAGAACCUGCCAAUAAAGAUGUCAAAGAGAAUGAGACAACAAAGGUAAUUGCAAUGGAUCCAAUUAAUUCUGCAGAGGUCAAGGCGAGAGCUGAACCAGCAGCUGAGAAAGUAAAGCCAAAAGCAUUUAUGACAAUGGCUGCUUCUCAGGAAACCUCAAAACCCCUUACCAACACUGCAACCCCAACCCCUGCCAUCAAAACCACAAAACCCGAUAACAAAGAUGAGCAGGUGACAAAAAAGGUGAAUGUGGAUCCAGCCGAUAAAGUCAAGGCCCAAGCAGUAAUUACCAAAGGUACAGUUAAGGAAAUAUCAAACGCCAGGGCCACCCCUGUCAGCACAAAACCUGUCAAUGUAGAAAUCAAAGAUGAGAGGCUUAAGUACCCCCAAUGA